AUCACCCCGAGAGCUGCACCCCUCCCCCCGCCACCCCCUCCCUCCCGGCUCCGCCCCGCGGCGGUUCCCCGGCAACGAAGGCAGCACCGGACCCGCUAUGGCAGGCGGCGGCGCGACCCCGCCGGCUCCCCCCCGGCCCUGGAGCCGCCUCCACGCCGCGGCCGCGCGGUGCAGCCGCGACCACCAGGCCCCCCCACAGCCGGAACGGCCCCCGGAGCCGUGGCCGCGGAGCUGGGUGAGCCCCAGGAAGGAAUCGGUGCAUCGGAUCCAAGGACGGAUCGAAUGCCCGCACAGCGCUGCCACCAACGGCGGUUACUCCCGGAAGAAGAACGGCGGCUUCUUCUGCUCGUAGGACCCCGCAAUAAAACGCGGAGCGGAGCCGGGCUGAGUGCGCGGCCGCGGGGUUGGGGGGCGGCGGGCGGAUCAGAAUCGCCUGCGCUCAAUGGCCGGCCGGGGCCAGGCCUCGCCUAUCUGAUCGACUCAUCCCGCCCGCCCGCCGCACAGCGCCCGCGGCUUCGCGGCUCCGUUCUUCUCAUCUCGGCCGGGGCCGAUCGAAUAAGAUCAAUGUGUAGGGAGAGGGCGGCAUGCGCUCGCACCACGCA